GGGCCGGGCACGGUGAGCCUGGCGGGCUGCAAGAGCGCCGCGCCGCCGGGAGACGCGCGAGCUGCCGGGCGCGCGGGGCUGCCUCUCCCGGCCCGGCGGGACUGGCUCCCCGGCGCCGCACGCGCCCGGCUCCCCGCCAUGCGCCCAGGCUAGUGCCCCCGGGUACCGAGCCGCCGGCAUGCUGCGCCCGCUGCUGCUCGCCGCGCUCUGCCUGGCCGGCCGGCUCGCACCCGCCCGCGCCUGCCAGCUGCCCUCUGAGUGGCGCCCCCUGAGCGAGGGCUGCCGCGCCGAGCUGGCCGAGACCAUCGUAUACGCCAAGGUGUUGGCGCUGCACCGGGAGGUGCGCGGCCUCUACAACUAUCUGCCGUGGCACUACGAGGCCAGCGAGGCGGGGCUCCUCUACUCCGCCGAGGUCGAGAUGCUGUGCGACCAGGCGUGGGGCAGCAUGCUCGAGGUGCCCGCGGGCUCCAGGCUCAACCUCACGGGCCUGGGCUACUUCUCGUGUCACUCCCACGCCGUGGUCCAGGAUUACUCGUAUUUCUUCUUCCUCAGGAUGGAUGAAAAUUAUAACCUCUUGCCUCAUGGAGUAAAUUUCCAAGAUGCCAUCUUUCCAGACACUCAAGAGAACAGAAGGAUGUUUUCCAGCCUUUUCCAGUUUUCCAACUGUUCUCAAGGGCAGCAACUGGUGACAUUCCCCAGUGACUGGGAGAUCCAGGAAGACAAUAGGCUCAUGUGCUCCUCAGUGCAGAAGGCCUUGUUUGAGGAGGAGGACCACGUCAAGAAACUGCAGCAGAAGGUGGCCACUCUGGAAAAGCGGAACAAACAGCUCCGGGACCGGGUGAAGAAGGUCAAGAGGUCUUUGCGGCAGGCACGGAAGAACGGCCGCCACCUGGAGCUGGUGAACCAGAAGCUCAGCGAGAAGCUGGCAGCCGCGGCCGGUGCCAUCCCGCACAUCAAUGCCCUGGGGCAGGAGCCUGCAGGGGCCACCUACCUGCGGGGGUAGCGGGGACUGGGCAGUGGCCUCACCCAACCUGUUGGGGCACGUUGCCUCUUGCCAGGGAGUGGAAAGUGAUGCUGGGUUUGGUUGUGCAUGUAUUUCAAGAAAUCUUGUCAUUCUAUUUUUAUUCUGCAUUUGGUAGUAUGUAGUUGGUUUAAAGGGCAAGUCUUGCUAUCUCCUUGGUUGCCUGCCUCCUGCUCCUUGUUGGUGCUUGGAAGUCUGGAGGCAGUAGGAUUCUGGAGUGCCAUUUGCUUGCCUGGGGCCUGACCUCAGCUUCCAGAACAGCCUGGAAAAUGCACUUAGUGGGGAAGGACAUUUUAGACUCUCUAGAUGUACAACACAAGAGGUUCAGCCUUUAUUUCAAAAAGAGAGGCAGUGUACCCUCAGCUCUGAGCUCCGGGACAACCAUUAGUUUUGAGGAAUCAUCUCAAGCAAGUCAUGGAACUUUCUGGUGUCUCAUUUUCCAGCUCUUUGGAAGGAGGAUGGCAGCCUUGCAAAGCACCCAUGAAUGCCUGUAAGCAAACAUGUGCAGGGCAUUCCUACUCCAGCCAGCCUUUCUUCACAGCUGAGGCAUAUUAGGACAUAAUGAGCUCAUCACAGGUAAGGGAAUUGAGUGGGGCGGCAGAAGGUUAAACAAGAUGAAUUAUACUAGAUUUCCAAUACCAGCUAGAGAAUGCCCAUGGGUCACUUUAAUAUAAAAGGGAAUUGCCUUUAUGGGCCCAUCAUAUUUCAUCAAGCCACAUUCAUAAACUGGAAGAGCCUGAGCAAUAUCUCAGCCACUGCUAAAUUCUAACUUACUCUCUGUUCAGCAGUUGCUUCUAACUUCUCCAAAUUCUAGGUGAGAUGGCCCACUGUGAUGUGAACUUCUGUUCUAUAAAGACACCUCGUUACCUGUUGAGAUCAGGUAACCUGCCCUCAUUGCUAUCCAGGCUCCCAAAAGGCUUGUCCCAGGAAACUCCAGGUAGUUUCACUGUAAACAUCUUUGCCUCAGACAUUUUCAGGACAAGGCAAUUUUACUGUAAAAGAUGAAACCACACUGUCAGCCAGUAUUAUUUUAUUUCUUCAUUGACAAACUUCCCAUUUUUAUAUUACAUUAAUCUUAGCCUUCAUGAUGGGGUAUAUAUACAGUGAUAAGUAGACAUGGUGGUCUUAAAAUAGUGAAUGACAGCAACUAUGUCUAUUGACUUGACAGAAAAUAUGGUGAUAAAACUUACUGGAAGUGUGAACUCAGAGAGUGGAAAGCCCGACUGAAAACUGUACUACAUGGGAACACGAUAACUUACCAGUCACAGUGAUAACAAAGCUCGGUUGCAAAUGCAUUACAGCAUUAGCAUGUCUUCCACAUUUCCCAUAGAACUUUGGCACCUCUGUCAAUGGGCAUGUGACUGUAUUCCAAGAACGGAUGACUGUGUAGAAGGCUUCCCCAGUGCAACACAAAGCUCAGUUACAAAUAUGCAUCUUAGUGUUUGGAAAAUGGGUAUCUCUCUUAAAAUAAAAAAAGUAAAAGAGGGACUUAAAAAACAAAAUAAUAAAACAUGAAAAAAAUUAAGAUUACUUUCUUUUCUUUUAUGGCAACAUAGACUUACAGCCAAUUAAUUAUGUGGCAAAGAUGCUUAUCGUGAAAAUACCAGACAUGGUUCUGCUACCAUCAGACAUGGCUCCAGGCAUUCCAAUCUCUGCUGCCUUACGCAGACACUUUCCACCCACCAGGACUGUCCACACCCUGGGAGUAAUGUUUCCACAUCGGUCCACUUGUCAUUGUGUCAGGUCCCAUAUGUGAUCAGGGCACUUCACCCUCUUUAGAAAGAGGCCUUUAAAGGUAGUACUUCAGGUAAAAACCAGUGAUCAUUUCACCAUACCCAACACUUGAGCCCUUGACUUAGGCACCUUCGAUCAAGUCCCAGUUGUGUUAUUAAGAAGUUAGCUAAG